CCCGGGAAGGACGAGCUGCAGGGGACCAGGAGCGGCCCUCCUGUCACUUCCGUGGCUGCCGACAUGGGACAGAUGGAGAAGGCUGAAGCCAAAGACAGUGGCAUCUCCACGGAGCCCCACAAGGUGGUGGCCGGGACUACAGCCAUGCAGUCCAACAUGGGAGAGGAAAUCCAGAGGAUCAAGGAGGCACUUGGCCAGACCACACAUCUCUGCGAGGAUCUCCAUAAGGAGAUCAAUGAGAUGAAGGCCACACAGUCCCGCAUGGGAGAAGGCAUCCGGAUGAUCCAGGAAGCACUUGGUGAGGGGAACCUCCAGGAUGCUGCCGGCCAGCCACUCGUCCUCCACAACCAGCCUGCCCUUGCCAAGCCCCAUACUUCAGACAUGGACAAGCUGGAGCAGAGCCCUGGUACCCAGACCACCACGCCAGGGAUACAGACAGGGACCCCCAGUGGCCAGAGUGGCACCACUGGGACACAGCCGGGUUCCCAUGCAGGCCAUGCAGCUAUGGAGAGCGUCACCAGAGACCAGUCUGAGCUCCAGGAACAAAUGUCCUCCCUGCAAAGCCUGGCCAGAGACCUGCAGGGUAAAAAGAAGAUCAGACAGCUGGAGGAUGCCCUUGGAAAACUGGGUGUGACUGUAGCCACGUGUGAAGUGGAUGGCACCAACCAGAUACCCCUACAGCUGGAGUCUGCAUUGCAGGAGAUUAAGCAGGAGCAGAAGGAGCUGAGAGAUGAGCAGAAGAUUACCAAGGCCACACUGAAGCAGCUGGUCACAGCUGACCAGCUUUAUGAGCGGCUGAGUGAGCUGAGAGCAAUGAUGGGGAAUGUGGGGCAGCAGCAAGGAGAGUCACGGGCAGUGUGCCUUGACCGCAGCUCAGACACCAAGCUUGUGAGGAAGCUCCUACACCACUGUGAAAGGCUUCAGGAGCAGUUGGACUCCCUGAUGCCACAGCAGGUGCAGAAGACACAGAAGACCCAGGAUGAGGAGCUGCUAAAGAGCAUCCAGGCCACCAUUGUGCGGGUGGAAGGGGACUGCGAGCAGCUCAGCUACAUCACGGGGAGCCUCCGAGAUGAUCAUCGCCAGCAUCAGAAAGAUAUUGAGGCUCUGUUCCGGUCCCUGGAGGGUCUUGAGAAGAAAGCAGACAAGGAGGACCUGCUGCUGCUGAAGGUGGACAAAGCUGCCCUGGGCAGCAAAGUGAGUUGUGCCCAUUUUGAUGCGAGCAUGGAGCGCCUGGAGGAGAGGAUACAAGUGUUGCUGAGACGGGUGUUAGGCCAGGAGCAGCGCUGGCAGGAGGCCCGGCAGUGGUUCAGUGAUGCCCUGGACUCCAAGCUGGAUCGCCUGGAGCUGGGACCUUUCCAGAAGAAGCUGGAGGAAACCUGGGCGAGGAUCAUUGAGAAUCUCAAGGACGAGUUGUCGGUAGAGGUUGACAACGCUGCUGGAAUUAAGCAGCAGCUGCUGGUCCCUUACAAGUGCCUGUCCUGUGACCAGUACCUCAACAUCCAGGUGCCUGGCCCGCACGUUGACAUACUGCCGUUUUUUCCACCGUUGCCCAGCAGCCACGCUGCACACUCCUCUACCGUCACCACAGAGGAGCAAGCACAACAGCACGGUCACAGGAAGCUGGUCAAAAGCAAGUUCCUCAAGUCGCAGAGCUGCAAGGGUCAGGACACAUCCAGUGCACUGCUCAAGGAUGUCCUACAGAUCUCCAAAAAGCCUGGUGUGACUGAGCUGCUGAGCACAGAUGACCGCAUGGACUGGGGCCAGGAGCACAGGCCUGAGGUGGCAGAGGGGCCACAGGAUAAGCUAGGCCCUACUACCUUUGAAGAGCACCAGCCAGCCUCAGACCUCAAACACUGAUUCUGGGCACUGCAGCAUUUGCUCCAAAUGCAAUCCCCGUGGAUGGAACCACCAGCCAGGC